AUGGGCGAUUUGAGGUAUUUCUCCGUUUCGUUGCUGGCCUCUCCUCCCCAGGAUUCAUCUAAACCGCUGAUGGAGUUUGUGGGUCAAUUUCCUGAGGAAAGCAUCCACCAAGUGAUUGAUUGGGUGAAGGAGAACGUGGAUAAUCAGAUUGGAAGCUCAUGGAGUGAAAGGGGCAAAAUGAAUCUGUUAAACACAUUGCACUAUCUGUUUGAGUCUCAGAAUCCUGCAGUUGCACAAGUCACAUUGGGAUCAGUACCAAGACUUACAUUUGGAGAUGCGGAUGCAAAGAAGGCAUUAUCACCCACACCAAUUGACUGUGCAGUGCUUUCGCACGCCAUUGGACUCUGUCGCACAAUAAACGAGCUUGAUCUUCGCAAUUGCUGCAUUCAAUACGAAGGGAUGCUGCGUCUUGAGGCGGUACUACACAAGUGCCAAGUCUUGAGGUUAGAAGGAAAUAACCUGGGAGAUUCUGGAAUAAAAAUACUGUCGAAGAUACUGACUGACUCCAAGUCAAAAACACAAACUGUCGGACUUGCAGAUAAUAAUCUUACACAUUGCUGUGCUGAAGUUCUGGUCUCGCUUACCACUGCAACCUCGCCGCUGAAGGAGCUGGAGCUGGGUUAUAACAAACUAGGGGAUUGCGGAGUAAAACUAUUGUCUGCGGCUCUAGGGCGCCGCGAGUGCAAACUACAAAAACUACGCCUGAAUAAGAAUGAUCUCACUUCUGCUUGUGCUGAGGAACUCGCCUGCGCUCUCUGCACAAAUCGCUCACUGACGGAGGUUGACUUGGGUGAUAAUGAACUAGGAGAUAUUGGAGUGGAGCUCGUGUCUGCCGCUCUGGUAGAGACGGAUUGUACAAUACAGAAAUUGUGUCUGAAGAACAACGGUUUCACAUGUUCUCCAGCCGAGAAACUCGCUACUGUUCUUCGUAGAAGCCGUUCGCUGAAGGAACUGGACCUAGGUCAUAAUAAGCUGGGUGAUCGGGGAAUGAAACGACUGACUACGGCUCUGAGCGACUCAGACUGUCAAAUACAGGAACUGAGAGUAGAAGACAACGGCCUCACUGACUCUUGUGCCGAGGAUCUCGCCGACGCUCUCUGUGCAACCCCCUCGCUGACUAAACUGAAUUGGGUGAGAACUACUUGGGGGACUCAGGAGUAA